UUGUAGCACUCGCUGCUUUAAUAUACAAGAACAAAGAAGGCUGGUAUUUUUCUUGGUUGAAAAAGUUGCAUUUUGGCGAGUUUUAAUGGUCAGAAUCCAUGACAAAGUUGUAUGUUUUCCGCCAUAUUUAACGGAGGUUUUAGCGGUGAUUUUAGCGAAGGUCUCAGCAUUGCUUGAUUAGUUAGGAAAUGAGGUCAGAAAUGGAAGAAUCAGAAGAUACAAGGAAUGAUCUGAUGCAGCGACUGCAAUCUUCUUUUGCAACUUCAUCAUCUUCCAUCCCUAAAUUCCAAAACCCUGAGAAACUUGAGAUUCCCCAACUAAACACUUCUCAAAUGCGUGCUCCUCUCCGUAAUUUCUCUCCAAAUUAUAGUUCAGAGAACAAGCGAAUUGGUAUUCCACCUUCUCACCCCCAUUUUCCACCUGCUUCACCAUAUUCCUCUCGUUCUCCUGCUCAACCCACCACCAAUUCACAAAGCCCCGGCCCCCAUUUUGGAAACACUCACUCUUCUCCUUCUCACUCUAGAUCCUUAUCUCAACCUGCAUUCUUUUCUCUAGACUCGCUUCCUCCUCUUAGCCCCUCGCCAUAUCGAGACUCCUCUUCUACUUCUGAUCCAGUUUCAACGGAUGUCUCAAUGGAAGAUCGCGACACUGGACCCCCUAAUUGUACAAGUUCUCGAAACCCACCUUCUCCUUUUCCAAGACCCAAUUCUUUGAGAAUUGGUGAGAGUUUCACUCCUAGGAAAUUGCACAGGCGAUCUCAUAGUGAAAUCCCAUUUGGAUUUUCUUCGUCUAGUUCCUUGGGGUUCUCUUCAAGUGGGAUUCAAGGAAAAGAGAGCCUUGGAGUGGGUUUUGGAGAUCAACCAGGAAAGCUUGGGCAAUUGGUGAAGAGAGAGGCAGAUUGGGAUCGGGCAAGUGAUGGUCAGUUGGAGGGCAUGGGAGAGAGGAAAUCAGAGGGUGAUGUGGCUGAAGAUUUGUUCUCGGCAUAUAUGAAUUUAGACCAAGUUGAUGGGUUUAAUUUGGGGCCUGGCGAAAAACAAUGCAUUGAAAGUAAUGAGGAUUUUGAGAGUGGAGCAAGUAGGACUAAGGCGAAUGGCACUAAGGAUAAUGGUAAUCUGAGCAGUAGCGAUGAGGCAGAGAGUAGUAGUACACAGAGGAGGAAUUCUAAUUCUUCAACAGAGAAGAAAGAAGCAAAAGGAGAGGGCAACAGGGGUAAUUUUGGGGCGCCCCAUCACUCAAGAAGUGUAUCAAUGGAUAGCUUUAUGGGAAAGAUGCAAAGUUUCGGAGAGGACCUGAAGUUGCCGCCAUCCCCAGGGCCUACCACUGGAUUGGCUCGACACUCUCACAGCAAUUCCAUGGAUGGGUCUGCUACUUUCAGCUUGGAGUUUGGGAAUGGGGAGUUUAGUGGAGCAGAGUUGAAGAAGAUCAUGGCCAACGAGAAGCUUGCAGAGAUUGCAUUGACUGACCCCAAGCGAGCCAAAAGGAUAUUAGCCAAUCGGCAGUCUGCUGCUCGUUCUAAGGAACGAAAAAUGCGUUACAUUUCAGAACUGGAGCACAAGGUUCAGACUCUGCAAACUGAAGCCACAACACUAUCUGCACAGUUGACUCUGUUACAGAGGGAUUCAGCUGGACUAACCAAUCAAAACAAUGAGCUAAAGUUUCGUCUCCAAGCUAUGGAGCAACAAGCCCAACUAAAAGAUGCGCUGAAUGAGGCCUUGACAGAGGAGGUUCAGCGCUUAAAAUUGGCCACUGCACAGCUAUCCGAGGGCCAAGCCAACAACUUGGCUAUGAAAUCCCAAAUGUUUCAGAUGCCUCAACAGCCAUCUCAGCUCUCUGUUUAUCAGCUGCAGCAGCAAAACAACCAGAAACACAGUGGAAAUCAUAGAGAAGGCAACCAAUAGUUGCUCCAAAGUUGUAAGAUUUUUUAAACUUAAAAUAGAGUUCUAAGCCAUUAUCAAACCCGCAUCUAAAAUUCUACUGGAAUGUAUUUACUUAUUUUUGUUGCAGUUGUUAUCGGUAUAUUUUGAUGGGAUGUCUAAGCAUAUGAUUGUGGCUCGUUUUGUGUUCCAUUUCAUGAGUAAAUGUAAAUAAGGUACAUUACUUUUGUUGAACCGGAUUUAAUGGAUUCUGUUUGCUUUUGCUGAAUUGAUAAAACUAUUUCUCGGCCA